AUGCCCGAAGACUCUCUCGGAGCACACCGGGCAGCAGAAGAGACGGAAACGAGCGUCGGUGAAGUAAUCAUUCCAUUCAGAACGGUGCUCGGUCUUGAACUGAUCGGAUGCUGGCGCAAGAUGCGAUGUCACUUUACCGGGUUCUUCUUGUUCGGGUUCGGGAUGCAGCGGUGGACGUCUGUGAAGCAUUUGUUUAGAGUCAGUCGCUGAGACGUUCUCGCGAUUCUUCUGGUCUUCCUUAUUCAGUCAGACUCGAAGCACGUUAACAGGUUUUGAUAUGUGUUGUGGGAAAUUGGUAAAGGGUCAGCGGUCCAGAGGGACUUGUGGCAUUGGGAAGUUGGCGCGCGCGUGGCGCGGCGCCGGAUGGAGGCAGAUGGCGGUGUGGUGUCUUGAUUGGACUCAGAGGUGGCUUGCACGCGGAUACUAUCUAAGGCUCUGGUUUCGUUCACUCUCUCCCUCUUCUUUAACACACACUCGAUAUCUAUCUCGCCCAUUCGCCUGCUACAAGUUGAUUGACCUUGGCGAUACUCUAUCUCACAAUAGGUCAUCUAUCAACGCCGCGUAG